AUGUCCACACCUCCGACGACGACAACCCUCGGCGAAGAAGCGACCCCCUCGAAUCCAGCUGGCUCGUUUCCGAUUUCCGCUCAAAGCCAGCUGAACCCAUAUUUUUCCACGUUUCCCUAUGGCUACCAGACCGCGCCUGAAUUUUCUACAUUCGGUUACCUCCCGGGGACUGCCACCUCUACAGCCGCUUGGCAUACACCUCAAAACCCCCAUGUUGCAUUCAGUCGCACCUUCAACUCGAUGGGGCUAGGCCUGGAUCAAACGCGAAGCUUCCAAACAAUGACCACGAACCUUGGAAAGCGGAAGCGUCGGGUUCUCUUCACGCAGCAACAGGUAAUCAUGCUCGAACGCCGCUUUGCAACCCAACGAUACCUCAACGCCACCGACCGCGACACCCUCGCCCGCAGUAUCGGUCUUGCCCCCAAUCAGGUGAAAAUCUGGUUCCAAAAUGCGCGCUACAAGCAGAAGCGCCAGGAGAAGGAGAAGAAGAUGGGAGGGAGGAUGAGCGGAUCGGGAGGAAGCUGUAAGGAUGGAGAUGAUAGGGACAGCAGAGAUUGCGAGAGCCCGGACAGUCAUACGACGAGCAGUGGAAGUCCGAAUGGGAUGGUGAAAAUCGAGGAGAAGGAGAUCAAGCCGGAGCUGUUGAAGGGCGACUCACAGGUGCCGCUUGCGGGUACUGUAUUGGAUUGUUCGCUGUAUGAAAAUCCCUUCUACCAUCAAAUGCCGACAGCCACUGGGGGAUAUAAUCCGCAAGGUCUCGCCUUUGGCCCCUUCGCCCAAAGCUACCCCUACCCCUAUGGACAAACUUUUAUGAAUCCGCAUAGAUUG